AUGGCUCAAGAAAAGAUGACACUAGAAGAUUGGCUGGACGACCUCUGCGUCCGAUUCAUCAUAAACCUCCCGCGAGCAGAUCUUUCGUCGGUAGCACGUAUAUGCUUCCAAAUUGAAGAAGCACAAUGGUUCUACGAAGAUUUCAUUCGGCCCCUGGACCCGACCCUCCCGUCCAUGUCCCUCCGAAGCUUCAGCCUGAAGAUGUUCACGCAUUGCCCCCUCCUCGCCUCCUUCUCCGCCGAUAGCCAUCUCAAAGCCUUUGAAGAAUUCAUGCAGUACAAGACACGAGUUCCAGUCAGAGGAGCCAUCAUGCUUAAUGAAGCGAUGGAUGCCGCAGUGCUCGUACGAGGUUGGAAGAAAGGCGCAAGCUGGAGCUUCCCUCGAGGCAAAAUCAACUAUGACGAACCCGACCUUGAUUGCGCCGUUCGGGAAGUCUACGAGGAGACGGGAUACGACCUCCGGAAAGCUGGGAUAGUCGAAAGGAACGAACCGGUACACCCUCUCGAGGCCACCAUGCAUGACCAGCAGGUGCGACUCUACGUUUUUCGCGGCAUACCAGAGGACACCGUCUUUGCGACGAAAACAAGGAAGGAGAUUGGUGACAUCAGGUGGUACAACGUUUCGGAGCUGCCUGCCUUUCGCAAGAAAAAGGGCGCGGGUAAGAAUCAAGGAGCUACAUCCCAGGACAAGUUCUACAUGGUUGCGCCCUUCAUGGUGCCACUGAGGCAAUGGGUCAUGAAACAGAAGAAGAACAAUGCGCACAACGCUCCAGCCCCCAACGACCAGAACCCCUUAACCUUGCCAGAAGAGACCUUGACAGACGAUAACGUUCUCGACGAACCGAUGGAACCGCCUCUUUCCGGCACACACCCCGAAUUUAUCGACGGUGCAACGAGAGAGCUGCAGCGGCUACUUCAAGUCAAACCACCUACGCAAGGCUUGCAGUUACCAUCUCCAACAACCAACCAACAGGCAGGACAGACCCUCAUGUCACUCUUGCAACCCAAGAUGGCUAGCAAUGGACGUGCACCUGGACACAACCAAGAAAUGCCUCGCACUCCGCUCGGUCAGGAACUGGCAGGAGCUCCUGAGCCCCAGACGCCCCAGUAUCACCAUGUGGCACACAAGUUACCUCAACCAAACUAUGCAGCACCACCCGCAUUUCCGAUCGAGCCCAACGCCCAUGCUAGCUACUUGCAGCACCAACAUCAACAGCACCGAGCCCGGCCGCAUGUGUAUGUCACGAAUGAGAUCAACAUUCCGCAACCUUUGCCGAACCCGCCACGGCCUUUACCAAACCCACCCGUCCAGCUGGUCCAUCCUCAGCCGCUGCCAUUGCAGGCACAAAUCUUGCGUGGCAUGGCCCCCUCACCUGCAGUCAAGGCCCCUGGCGCACAAGCAACACCUAAUACAGGACACCUUCAGGGUGGCCAAUACGCAGGCCCCGGUCCUCAGUAUCAACCCCAUGCUCAUGGUGUCCACGGCAUCCAACCUGAAAUGAAGCAGCCUCAGCUGCCUGCGCACACAGCAGGCCUUCUGAGUGUUUUGAAGGGCCAUAACCCCCAGCCGAACUCAGGCCCGCAAUCUGCGCAACAGCCGUCACCUUUACACGGGACCAUGAAUAUCUCCAUGCAACAACAGCACCCGCAGACUGCGCAACAGCCGUCACCUCUUCACAGGACCAUGAAUAUCUCCAUGGAACACCAGCACCCGCAACGGCCAUCUCCUGCGUCCAACGGUGGCUAUGCUGGUCAAUAUGGCCAAACAAGCAUGCCUCCUACCACUGUUGCUCAGGCGUCUUUCUCGGCCGCCAACGUACGUCUCCUGGCACCAACGGACAAGCAUCGUGCUGGUUUGCUCGGCAUGUUCAAGCCGGCGGAAUCCACCUCAUCGCAAGGCCAUGCUGGUAGCGAGGACAAGGCUCUACUUCAACCGCAACCUGCGACUGCCCCCACUGUUCGUCAACCAGCUCAAACAGAGCAGUUGAAGCAACAACGAGUGAACCAAGGUCCCAUUCUUGCGGAUACUCUAAGAACCGCAGCUCAGGAGAAUGGUCGACCGAUGCAGAUGAACCCCGAGACCAACCUACCUUUCGGAGCGCACGCGAUACUGGCGCGCCCUCAGGCGGGCCAGGCAUCGGCUGCCGGACCAAAGAUACCAGGAAGAAACCUGAAUGAGCCUACCCGAAGCCUACCGCUGCGUUCUCAGGCUAGUUCUACAUCAUCGACGAACAAGUUGACGCCCCAACCGGCUCAGGUCAUGAUGAAAGUGCAACACGUCGGACAAGCCUCGCCACCCGCUGCUCAGCCCCUGUCAGCGCAGUCUUACCCGUAUGGUAGCACUGAAGGUCUUGCGCCCAACCCAUUGGCGCUGUUCCCCAAUCCUCCGGCUGCUUCGUCGCUUCCAAUGCCAGGCACCGGCUUCAAGGCUCGACAAGGCUCAACAGUUGAGCAGAGGAGUACGCUGUUGUCUCUGUUUGGGAAGUCGAACUCGGGCGUCGAGCAAGACAAAGGAAAGGAAGCUAUGACUCGCGAGCAAUUCGGGGGCGGUGCUGCCCCGCGAACGCGGCUGGCGUCGUUCGCUUCUAGUGUAGGCGAUGGCGCAGUGGAUAGCAAUGGGCCUCGGCGUGACAGUCCGUCGGCGCUCUCACCGGCGGAUAGAAACUUCCUGCUAGGAUUUCUGGAGAAUGCAUCUAACAAUGCCGGCAAGCGUUGA